UUCGUAUUAUUAAAGCGAAACAGAAAUUUGAAUAUCCAAUACAACGAUUUACACUUGGGUAUUCCUACUUUACAUUGUUCUUCCUUGCGGUAAACUGAGAGUUCAAGUGCCUACCUGAAUUAUUUGAUUAUCUAGCUAACAUUUAUUCAGAACAAAGAUGACAAAGCCCAGAAUUCUCCAGGUUUUGAUUUCUCUAGUGGUAUUAGAAUUGGUAGCCCUCUUAUCACUUGUGGUGUACUGGCGCCUGUCAAGAGAAAAAUCAAUUGAACCGAGGAUUUGCUUUUCCGAAAAUGAUCUGAACUUGACACAUAAAAACUACGAUUCGCUUAAACGUCUGCUGCUUGACGAGGAAGUUAAGAGUAAAGAUAGUAAUCAAUAUUGUGUGAAGAUUUCCGAUCUGCUUUCAAACUAUAUAAACAAGACCAUUUUAGACCGAUAUAACAGCGAUACAAAUCCAGAAUAUAGUGCGCUUAAUCUUGAAGUGGUUAACUGUUUUGUAAACAAUGAAGAAGCUGAUCAUUUACACCUCAAACAGAUUUCGUCACAUUCAAAGCCUGUUCCCGGAAGGAAAACAAAGGUGUAUUGGGGAUCUGAAGUAUACUCAGAAAAUAAAGUUUCACAUGCAGUAAACGAUGGCGAAAUUCACAUCAAGAGGACCGGAAAAUAUUUCAUUUCAUUGAUGAUGACAACAAGGUUUGAAAACAGUACGGAAAUAAAUGAAAACAUUGUUCAAACAGUAAGUCAUGUUGUCAACUGUGUUUCUAAUAAAAACGGAUCAAUGAUAACUUUACUUGAGCAUGUGGAGUCUGUGUGUGAAAUGUCAGUUGAACAUGCUGAUAGAACAAGUAAUAUAGGAGCAGUAUUCCAUCUGGAAGAGCAUGAUAGAAUCUUUGCCGCCACGUCACACCCAUACAAUGUUGUUGUUGGCCGACAAAGCAAUCAUAUAAAUAUUCACAGACUAUAGCUAUUGCAAGAAGUGAAAUAUGCAAUGUUGUUAGACAAAAUAUGAUCAUUACUCUUUUUCUAUGACCUAAUUACUUACUUACUUCCAACAUGGAAUGGUAAUGUUAUAUUUCAUCAUAUCGAACACAUGCACACAUCUGUAAAUUUGAAUAUUCUUUGUCUUUUAAGAAUUUCUCUUAAUGAAUUUAAACGGAAAAGUGACUAAUAUGUCUGAUUUUAUCCGACUUUGUCAAGAGUGUUAUAUGCUUAUUAAAAAGCCUAAAUCAA